AAAAUGUAAACAAUGUGCAAGUAGUUGAGGACGCGAUAAGAUUUGGGGCUUUGUAUUCAGAGAGUCGAUUUAGAUAGUCUCAGGGUCUCACUUCCAUUAUUCCCCUUGCUGUUGGUUUCGUUUGCCUGUUCUGGACACCUCCAGUUUUUCUUCUGGUUGUUUUCAAUGGCCUGGUUCUCUCGAGAAACUGAUGCUUCUCUUCCUUCAUCAGCUGAACCACUAUCAGCAGCUGGUGGGUGGAAAUAUGACGUGUUCUUGAGCUUCAUGGGUCCUGACACUCGAAGGGGUUUUACAUCAUAUUUAUACGAUGCGCUGCAGAGCAGGGGAAUUAAAACAUUCAUGGACGGUCAAGAUCUUCAAGUAAGUGAUGCUAUUUCUCCAUUUCUCCUAGAGGCAAUUGAAGAAUCGAGGUUCGCAAUUGUUAUUUUGUCGCAAAAUUAUGCUUCUUCUACUUGGUGUUUGGAGGAACUUACAAAGAUCUGUGAGUGUAUGAAAGACGAUUACAGAAUUCUUCCACUAUUUUAUUACGUGGAGCCCUCUGAUGUUCGGUAUCAGAAGAGAAGUUUCGCAGAAGCUUUCUCUGCACAUGAAAUCUCUGGGCGACAUAGAUCAGAGAAGGUCCAGCAGUGGAGAGCUGCUUUAAACAAAGUGGCCAAUUUAUGUGGGUGGACAACAAAGGAUUUUGCGGCCGAGAGAGAACUUCUGCAAAAUAUUGUGGAAUUUGUAGGGAGUAAAGUACUCCAAGCACCUAUUGAAAUCGAGUCUACAAUGUGGCUUAAAGAUGAACCGGCUGAUCCUCGAUGGAAGUAUGAUGUGUUUCUGAGUUUCAAGGGUGAAGACACUCGCAAGGGUUUUCUAUCCCAUUUAUACCAUGAACUGCAGAACACGGGAGUGAUUAAAACAUUCAAGGAUGAUUUAGAGCCUGGAGAAGGGGUACAUAUUUCUCCGACUUUCCUAAAGGCAAUUGAAGAAUCAAGGUUUGCCAUUGUUGUUCUGACGCCAAACUAUGCUUCUUCUCCAUGGUGUUUGGAGGAACUUACGAACAUUUUUCACUGCAUGGAAGACCAGCAAAGAAUUCUACCAAUUUUUUAUCAUGUGGAACCUUCUGAUGUACGAUAUCAAAAGAAGAGUUUUCAGAUAGCUUUCACAAAGCAUAAAAAAAGGCAAGACGAGGAGAAAGUGAAGCAAUGGAGUAGUGCUUUAAAAAAAGUGGCCAAUCUCUCUGGCUGGGAUUCAAGGAAUUAUAAGAUUGAAAGACAACUUGUCGAAGACAUUGUGGCAUUUGUCUACUAUAAAGUACAAGCACACCAUAUCGAAUUUGGGUCUGUUGAACAUAAGAAGCCUACUGACGUUGAGUCUUUAAUACCGAUUGAAGAUUCUGAAGCAACAACACAAGCCACAGACCAAACUUUGGCCCCGAGAAGCCAAAGACACUGUUCAUUUCUUCCUUCAGCUCCUCGGUGGAAGCAUGAAGUGUUUUUGAGCUUCAGGGAUGUAGACGCCUGCAAGGGUAUUACAUCCGAGAUAUAUGAUAAUUUGCAGAACAUCAGAGGAGUUAAAACAUUCAUGAACAACCAAGAGUUUCAAGUAGGUGACCUUACUUCUCCCAGAUUCCUAACUACAAUUGAAGAAUCAAGGUUUGCGAUAGUUGUUUUGUCGCAAAACUAUGCUUCCUCUACCUGGUGUUUGGAGGAACUUACAACAAUUGUUCAAUGCAUGAAAGAUAAUGAUAGAGUUCUGCCACUUUUUUAUCAAGUGGAUCCAUCUGCUGUGCGGUAUCAGAGAGGGAGUUUUGAAGUUGCUUUCAAAAAUCACGAGUCUACGGAAGACACGGCGAAGGUGGAGCAGUGGAGAAAUGCUCUAAAAAAGGUGGCCGAUCUCCGUGGAUGGGAAUCCCACGAAUAUGGGUCUGACAAAGAACUUGUCGAAGACAUUGUGAAACUUGUGUGGGGUAAAGUCCUUCAAGUACGUAUUGAUAAUGAGUCGACCAUACGACAACCCAAGGACAUGACUUCCUCAAGAUCUCUUGCUUCAGCUAAACCCGCUCCUCGAUGGAAGUAUGAUGUUUUUUUGAGUUUCAGGGGUGAAGACGUCCGUGAGAAUAUUCUUUCCCAUUUAUACCGUGAAUUAUCGGACACGAGAGGAGUUAAAACAUUUAAGGAUGACCAAGACCUUGAGCAAGGGACGGCCAUUUCUCCAAAUCUUCUAAUGGCAAUAGAGGAAUCUAAGUUUGCAGUUGUCGUUCUAUCUGCAAAUUAUGCUUCUUCUACGUGGUGUUUAGAUGAACUUAUACAUAUUUUUAAAUGCAUGGAAGGCAAGAACACAAUUCUGCCUAUUUUUUAUGAUGUGGAUCCCUCUCAUGUCCAGAAACAAGAGGAGAGUUUUAAAAAAGCUUUCGAGCAGCAUGAAAACUCUGGUCAAGAUGAACAGAAGAUGCAACAAUGGAGAGAGGCUUUAAAAAAAGUGGCCACUGUGUCUGGAUGGCAUUCAAAAAAAUAUAAGUCCGAAAGCGAACUUGUUGAACACGUUGGGAAAUUUGUGUGGAGUAAAGUGAUUCAAGUUGAAGUUGACUCUACAAUGUCCACUGGAGAUUUUGAAGCAUUUAGAGCAACAAGACAAGGCAUGGAACAGGUCAUGAAGGCGUUAAAAAAUGAUAAGGUCUAUGUGAUUGGGGUCUAUGGAAAGGGAGGAGUAGGGAAGACAACCAUGGUGAAACAUGUAACUGCUCAAGCCCAAAAGAUUGGGCUGUUUAAUCAUGUUUUCAUGGUUUCCCUAUCCCAAAGUCCUGAUCUGAGAAAAAUUCAAGGCAAAUUCGCAGAUAUUCUGGGGUUGAAAUUCCAGGAAGAGACAGAUAUUGAAAAAGCCACAAGACUAAAGAAGAGGAUCAUGGGAGGACAUAAGAUCCUUAUAGUCUUGGACAACAUUUGGAACAGUAUAGAUUUGUCUAGCAUAGGAAUUCCCAGCUCCAGCGAGCUUCAAAGAUGCAAUGCUAAAGUCCUAAUCACCACAAGGAAAAUUGAAGUAUGUCAGGCCAUGGGGUGCCAAGAAAAAAUCAAUCUCACUAUGCUAUCAGAGGCAGAUUCUUUGACUUUAUUCAUGAGGCAAUCAGGAAAGUCUUUAGAAUCAAAAGAUUUCUAUGAUGCAGCAAGGAAGGUAGCUAAACAAUGUGCUGGUCUACCAAUUGCGCUAAAAGCAGUUGCGAAAGCCCUUGGAGAUAAAGUUGACUUGAAUCAAUGGAAAAAAGCAGCUCGACGACUGAAAAAAUCCCGAACUGCCAACCUUGAUGAUGAGGGAGAUGGGUUUAAUUGUAUAAAGUUGAGCUAUGAUUACUUGAAAGGGGAGUAUGUAAAGUCCUGCUUCUUGCUUUGUUGUCUAUUCCCAGACGAUGAUGAUAUCCGAAUAGCAGACUUGAUGGAGUAUGGGUACGGUAUUGGAUUGUUUCAAGAUUCCAGCACAAUGAAAGAGGCCAGAGCCACAACUCAUUUGGCCGUCAUAUACCUUAAAGCAUGUAACUUGCUUAUGGAUGGUGCAGAGGAUGGAUGCAUAAGGAUGCAUGAUGUCAUUCGGAAUAUGGCCAUCUCAAUAUUGCAUAAAAAUGGUCAUCAUUUCUUUCCACCAGGAAAGACAGAAGAUGGCCAUCAUUUUUCUUCACCAGGGAAAAAAGAUGAUGGCCAUCCUUCUUUUAAACCAGAAAAAGAAGAAAAAGAUGGCCAUCAUUUUUUGAUAAAAGCUGGUUGUCAAUUAAAAGAAUGGCCAAUGGAUGCAGAUGAAAGCUACUCAGGAAUUUCAGUAAUGAGAAAUGAAAUUCUCAAGCUGCCUGAAGAAUUGAUAUGUUCAAAACUGCAAAUUUUAUUGUUACAAGGUAAUGCUGAUAUAAAUGACAUCCCAGAUACUUUUAUCCAAAGUGUGAAUUCAAUGAGGGUGUUAGAUCUGAGCGACACCAGAAUUUCUUCACUACCACCAUCAUUCAGUCUCCUGAAAAAUCUCCACACUUUGUAUCUAGAUGGUUGCCAGUCGCUAAUUGAUGUAUCUGCACUCGGAGAAUUGAGAUUCUUAGUAUGAGACAGUGUUGUUUUAAGGAAUUGCCGAUGGAAAUAGGACAAGUGAGUGAUCUGAGGAUAUUGGACAUCACUAGUGAAUUUGUUAAUACAGUUCCUCCUAAUGUGGUGUCAAGAUUGCACAGAUUAGAAGAAUUGUACAUGCAAUGCAAAUUUAUGGACUGGAGCAGUAACGGUAAGGGAGCAGGAAAUGCUGGUUUUGAUGAGUUGACUGGUUUGUCACAUUUGUACAUUUUAAAGGUUAACAUAUCUGAUCCAGACUGCUUGCCUAAAAUUGUUGAGUGCAGCCCAAAUUGGGAAAUCUUUGAUAUACGUAUCAGCAGAGAAACACUACCUAGAGAUUACUCUUCGAAGCCAUACUUUAAAUGUGAUCAUUCAAGAAUCUUGACUCUCAGCACAGCAAUCAAUACCUUACCAGAUUGGUUUAUCAUGUCGGUUACAAAGAAAGCAGAUAGUCUACAAUACAUAGAGUGUAAUGAAUUAAAUAACAUGCUUGUGGAGCAUGAACGUGGGAUAUUACAUGGACUAAAGUAUCUAGCUGUAAUUGGGCGCCAUGAGAAAUUGGAAGAGUUGAUGAACACAAAAACAUGUGUUCCAGUUCCAAAUGAGCCUGUGUUCGAGAGCAUGGAAGAGUUGCAUCUGGCUGGUUUGAAUUGCUUGAAGGAGUUAUGUGUUGGUGAACUACCGCCUCAGUCACUCUGCAAUAUUAAGUUACUCAAAGUGGAAGCUUGUCCUAACUUGGUGAAUGCACUCUUACCAUCAAUCUUCUGUAAUCUUACUAUUUUGGUGGUUAGGUGUUGCAUGAAACUGAAAAGUCUCUUCACACCAGAUGUAGCUCGAUGUCUUUUGCAAUUGGAAGACCUUUCAGUAGCUCAAUGUGCUUGCUUGAACAGAGUUAUUGAAGCAAGUAAAGAAACAGUAGAGAUGAAGAUGGCUUUUCCAAAAUUGAAGAAAUUAGUUUUGUGUAAUCUUCCACAGCUCACGUGGUUCUACUGCACGGGAAAUGCUACUAUUUAUUGCCCUUCAUUGCAACAGUUGUAUGUUCAGGACUGUCCCGAGUUUUUGACCUCUACUUCUGACUUUCAGACCUGGAAGCAAGUUGAAGUCAAUGAUUUACGGCAUCUGAGAACAGACAACGAUGAGAUGUAACGACCAAGUCUCGCUCCCGAUGAUACAGUUCACUGCUUAUCUAGAACUCUCAGACAACGCAUUGAGCUUCUUAGAGGAAUCCAGAGCCAGCGUGAUGAAUUAGAUUCAUAAUUUCUGAAGGAGAGAGCAGCACUUGAAGCCAAGCAUCAGAAAGUGGUAUCAACCUCAAUAAUUCAAGGGAUAUGAAUCUAUGAUUGUGAAUGGAUCAGCUGUCGAAGCUAGUUGAUAC